GUAUAAUUCGCCGCCCCUCCAAGACCUUGUACCAUACCCAGAGACUCGGGCAAGAUCUAUUCGGAACCCAACCGUACCUGGAAAGCCAAAAUACCGGGGGCAACAAGACCGACCGCAACCAUCUAAGCCAACCGUCCGGUGCAAGCAAGCGAUGGCGGCAACCACUUUUUCCCUCGCCAACAAAGGCCUCAAACUCGAUACCAAAGAACACCUAUCGUCGCAUAUCGAACCUCUGAUCGAAUCCUCCACCGUAACACACAUUGACCUCUCAGGAAACACUCUAGGAGUUUCCGCAUGCGAAGCACUAGCACCAAUUCUCUCCUCAAAGACCACUCUCCAGAGCGCCGACCUCCACGAUAUCUUCACAUCUAGACUCCUCGAAGAGAUUCCACCUGCACUUUCAUCACUGCUCACGGCGCUACUGUCAUGUCCUAACCUCCACACGAUAGACCUUAGCGACAAUGCCUUUGGCCUCAACACCAAAGACCCCUUGGUGGACUUCCUCUCAAAACAUACGCCUCUGAAACACCUGAUUCUCAAUAACAAUGGCAUGGGUCCUAUCGCAGGGACAUCCAUCGCCGAGGCACUCACUACACUCGCCGCUCGCAAAGCUGAAGCCCGGAAAGAAGGCAAGGAUGUUCCGGAUCUCGAGAGUAUUGUGUGCGGACGCAAUCGAUUGGAGAAUGGAUCCAUGGCCGCCUGGGCCACAGCAUACGAGGCGCAUAAAUCCGGCAUCAAGAGCGUCAAGAUGACGCAGAAUGGUAUCCGACCGGAAGGAAUCUCACAUCUCAUCUCGCACGGGUUGGCCAAAUGCGAGAAACUUGAGGUCUUUGACCUCCAAGACAAUACUUUCACACUGAAGGGAGCCCAGGCGCUCGCGGCCGCAGUCCCUGGCUGGGCCGGGCUGAAAGAACUUGGAGUAGGUGACGAUUUGCUAGGAGCCAGAGGAUCGAUCAAAGUAUUUGAAGCCCUAGCCAAGGGCAAGAACCCUAAGGCCGAAGUUCUGAGAUUACAAUUCAACGAUAUCAACCCUGCGGGCGUGAAAGCUCUCCUUCAGGCAGUCAAGGAUGGAUUGCCAGAACUGCGUCGUAUUGAACUCAACGGCAAUAAAUUCGAAGAAGAAGACCCCUCUAUCGAAGCACUCGCAGAAUUACUCGGCGAACGAAAGGACGAGAAAGGUUCUGAGGACGACGCUGACGAUCAUUGGGGUCUUGAUGAACUUGAUGAAUUGGAAGGUGAAGACAGCGACGAAGAAGAAGAGGAAGAAGGAGAAGGAGAAGGAGAAGAUGAAGACGAGGAUGAUCAAGUCCGAGAGAAACUCGUCAAAGAUGAUGACCUCGCAGAAAACGAACCCGUGACGCAAAAGAAAGACAAAGAAGUCGAUGCUUUGGCCGAUGCUUUGAACAAGACAUUGUGAAAUGGGCUCCUCUUUUCUUACUCAGAUCAUUGCACAACGUGGCGUCAAAGUAGAUUAGAAUCGGGAUCGAAUUUAGCGAGUUCUGCAAGCAAUCAAAUCCUCCAGAUGGUGGACAUGCUGUUUGAUUAAGUACCUGAGGUACAUAGAGAAGGGAGUAUUUGGAUUUCAUUCCACUUUCCGUAAGUCAGACGUAGUGCCAGAAAGUGUGGAACGAAGACUAGAGGAACGGAC